AUGUCAACAUGGAUAAACAAAAAGCUCAUAUCUAUAUCGGAGAAGGUCAUCGAAAAUGUAAUAGAUUCUUUGACGAAUAAAAACACACCCAUUGAUAACAUACAGAAUAUGCAAGGGACCCAACUGGGAAAAAUAAUAAGCAAGGUAAUUUCUUCCAAGUACUUUUUCAAAAAUGACGACAUCUGCUACAACUCAAGGAAUCUGGACUUUAACUGGAAUAUGAAGAGCAUAUCGAAGAGGAGAAAAAAGAGAAUAAGGAAAAAUAAGGGGAAAAGGAUCAAGCAAAGGACAUCAGAGGGAAAAAGAAGAAACAGUCAGAGGGUUCAUGGAAAUAGUACACACGAAGAGAAAGAUGCUGAUUGCAAACAGGACUCAUAUAAUAAUAUUUACAUAAAUUCGACAAGCCCUAAUUAUUUAAACAUUGAUGAGUCGUACAUGGGUACUUGCCCUCUGUUGAAUGCCAACAAGGCAGUUGAAGGGGAAGAUCAUGAGAAGGACACCUGGUUGAAAAAGGACAUAAUAACAUGCAACUCCAGUGUGCAAAGCAUCGUUAGCGAAGCUCCAGAGGGUGUCACGUCAGUAAAUUCAAUUUCCGCAUCUAGUUACGAUUCUUGUGCGGAGUACACAACAGACGGUUCGAGAGGUUCCUCAGGGAGGACUUCACACAGUACAUCAGGUAGCAACUCUGGAGGGACAUCUUCUCGUAGUUCCCACGGAAGCGCAAGGGAAAACUCAGAGGACGCAUCGUUAAACCUGUCUACCAGCGCAUCAAUAUCGAGUGAUGCGAAUAAGUCAUGUUCUAGAGGAUCGUCCAAAAGGAUAACAUCAUCUUCAGAGGUGGCCCAAAGGGAAAGCUCCUUUAACUCGAAUCAGUAUGCCGAGGCUAGAGAAAACUACAUGAUGCAGAAACAGGCACAUCUGUGCAAAGUAAACCUUUUUAUUAAAGAGGCCAAGUUAUUAUUUUUUAACAAAAAUGUGAAUAUCAGUGAUAUAUCUAUAUUUGUUACCACCAUUAUAGAGGACAAGAAGUACGUUGGCAAAUUGAGAAAGCUAAGUUCGAGGACUUUACCAAUGAAUAACUUAAUAAUCAACGAAUGUAUUAAACAUAACGUAAAGGACAUAUACACCGACAUUGUAAUAAAUAUAAAGUAUAUUAAUAGGAAAAAAAACAACGAAGAAAUAAUUCUGGGGAGGGUAAUAAUUCCGUUCUUUCUUCUUCUAAAUACAUACAGAUAUAAAAUUAAGAAGAUCAGGAAUAGUGUAAAAUAUUGCACCAAGUGCUUCCUAUGGCUACACAUCUUUCCAUGUAACAACAAAUUAUUUAACUAUAAAUUUUUUAAGCCAGUGGAAGGGUUCGAAGAAUAUGGAAUGCUCAACCCUCUAUACACAUUAGGGUUUUUAAAUAUAAAAAUGAAAAUAAUUUUUAAAAAGAAUCCCCUUCUUUUGACUCUCUAUAGUAACAUGAGGAAACCUAUAUUUUACUAUAAAUUACCUGUACAAUUUGAACCUCUUUAUUGCCAGUACUAUAGUGAAAACUUCUUUGUCUAUGUUACUCAGUUACCUAUAUGGCUAUAUAAGUUUUUUUACCUGUUCAACCCCAGGAGGGUUGAAAUAAUUCCUUUAAACUGUUACGAUUACGUAUUUAUAUUUUCCUUUUGGUUGUUUUUUUUCCGUUUAAUUGUUGUUUCCCCGUUUUUCCUUAUCUUGGUUCAUUUUUUUUUUUGUCUGAUUUUCAUUUCUCUUUCUUACAAGUUCGGCUACGUCGAUUCCGGCCCCAGCAGUAUGGCGUACACUUUUCGCCCCGUGCAUAUGAAGAAGAAUCCUCCAAACAUGAAUCCCGGUCACGCGAAGAGCCCCCAGCCUCACCAAAUUCUCCCCCCCGACAAUAGGCGUAACGUGCGUUUUUUUGACAGCAAGUGCAGGGAGAUACUGCUGUCGGCGAAUGAUAUAGACUCGAAUUAUUGCGGCGGUGGGAGAGGCAUGAAUGCACAGCGGGGAAUUGAUAACCAUGAACAAAAUGGGGAAGGUAGCUGUGCUCAGCGCAGGAGGCAGCUGCUUAUCCAAAGUAAUGCACUCGUGGAGACACCCCAUGGAGGAUUAAACAGUUGCGACGUUCCCCAACUGGUAGUGACAAAUGAGGAGAUGAAGAGCAUCCCACGAGAGCACGAACAUUGUGGGGAAGAAGUCAAGAGUGGUACUUCCCAGAAGAAUGACGAAUUGAAUGGAGAAGCAGCAAAGGGGAUGAACAGCCAGAACGAAUGCAGCAGUAAUGGAAGCUUCUAUGGAGGACGUUGUAACAGCCCUGAAAGUCCACAUAAGGACGGAGGACACCAUGUGGCCCAUUUCCAAAUUGAAGAAAAUUGUUUUGUAAAGCAACCCAAGUUGGAUCACGAAGACGAAGAGUCGAAGGGAAAAAUGAAGGAUGGACAAAAUGAACACCCAGAGGAACAGAAGAGAAGAGGCCUAAUCGACUUUAUGCAAAAUACACCUGAUGAGUUAAACAAUAAAUUAACCAACGUGACAAAAUUUGCAAAGAAAAUUCAGAACAUGAUGUUCGACAGUAAGGAUAAGAAUCCGUUGGAUUUUUUCAACGUGGGUUCACAUGCAAAUGGGCUAGCUGGGCUGUUUAAUGGGAUGAACGAGAAACGAGGGAAGGCAGAAGGGGAGGCUCCCAGGGGAGAAGACCAAACUGAUAAAGUGGCAGAUUUGCACCAUUGGCUGGAUACUCCAACAAAGGGGAAGAAAGAGAAGAACCCCCAAAUGGAUGAUUCAGUUAGGGGGAGCAACCAAUCAGGAGGGAGUAACAGACUGAGUGAUAAUGAACACAAUCAUUUGAGUACAUCGAAGGAUGGGAAGGAAAGUGUCCGCAGGACAUAUCGCGCAAAGGAAAAUGGAAUGGAACAGAGUAUCCAUGGAGAGGUGCACACAGAUAAUUCAGCGGUAAAUUCUUCAUCGUGUCAAAAUGGGACUGAAGAAUAUUUAGCGCAGUACAAAACGGAAGUAUAUGUGGACGCAGUUUCUAACUCGAACACAUUGGACCCCCCCAAAGUGGUAAAGCGUAGUAACGUGGCCACGAGCAGAGAUGGCAUGCCGUCGUUUGAUCAUAUGGGGGGGGUGGAGGAGAGCCCCUGUUCCAACUCAAACACGUCUAUAGAAUCCAAAUUUUUUAAAAAAAAUUUUUUGUUUGAUGCCAUAAAGAAUAAUCUGGCAUCCCCAAAUGAAGAGAAAGCCGCCGAGUUCACGAAAAAUGAUGCUAGUGGGACCAACGAAAAGAAAGACAUGUUUGCGUUUAAAAAAAAAUAUGCUUUUAUGCCAAUCGUGAAGUCUCCCUUCCAUAACUUUUAUUUAUUUUUUAAUUCGAUUGAAGGUAAGAAGACAUCGAUCUUUUCAAAUAACGUGGAUGUACCAAAUGUCCAUUUGCUUCUCAAACGAUUCAUAAUGCUUAUAACUUUGACUCAGAAUUUUACGGGAGCCUUUACAAUGGUUUACGAAAAAGUAAACUAUGCUUUCAAUUGGGACUUCACAUGUUACACUUUCGUAAAUUUGGUCAUUUUGUUUUUUUUAUGUUACGGUUUUUCUUUCAUUUUGUAUGCCAUGUCAUUUGUUCCCCUUUUGUUUUAUCGCCUUCUUUUGUUUUUGAUCAUUUCUGUGUUGCUGAUAAGGAGCUACGAGUUGACGGAGGUCGGCCAUAGGGCUAGCCUUCACUACGAAAGGAUGCGCAAAAAGAAAACCUGCUGGUGGAGGUCUGCUUGGAGAUUGCUCAGCAGGAUGGGAACGAAAGUCGUCAAGGCGAAAAGGAAAAGGGAUGCACAAGAAGAAAUCGAGCAUGACCGGGAAGUGCAUGCACGGGGACAAGACCAAAGCGCCAUACCCCAUUUUUUGAGACGUCUCUUAAGAUCGGUAUAUGGAGCAGUUCGCCGAUGGGUGCGCCGAUUUGUAAGAGACACCUUUUGCAGAUUCUUCCAGAUCACUUUCAAACAGGUGGACAAGAUGUCACGCAAAGGGGUUGUCUAUAUUUACUUUUUAAUUUUUUUUUUAAAAAACUGGGUGAUAAGAUUGUUGAUACUAAAAGAUAUUGAGCACAUGAAGAUAGCGAAGAUGCAGGGAUUUAAAAAUUUAUUUUUUUUUAUUCACAAUCGAAUGAUGCGCAGAGACGCGGGAAUGAAACUACUCCUGAGAAGCAACGAAACGUGUCCCAGCAGUGGGCACAACAAGGGCAGUGACCCCGUGGAGGGAGCUCCUAAACGGGUGGACAGCAUGAAAGAUGCCCCCAAUGAAGACAAACAUAAUAAGAAUUUAAUUCACGCGCAUAUGUAUGAUAACUGCAAGAAUACGGAGUCUUGUAUAUACUCCUCAAGUGAUAAGGAUGCUCUGAGUGUAAGAAAUGGUGGCUACGACGCUGAGCGCUUUUCCCAUGACGGCGAAAACGACGACCUGGAAUCUCUUAGCCAGCUGACCGAUAACGGCACGAUGAACGUGAACGUGGAUAUAUUUCUGCACUACUAUUUCAAGCGGAAGAAAUAUGACAACUUCAACAACAUUAUAAAUAUCAACAGGAACCAUCUCUACUCCUACAAGGACAUAAAUCUGCUUCACUCAAACGACGACCAAAAUAUCAGCCAUCUCAAUUACGCAGAAUAUCUCAACAGUGAGAAUAACUACUCUAGUUCUUAUGACAAUAACAAGAAGAAGAGAAGUUGA